CCCCCAGCACCGCCCCGCCGCUCCCCCACUCCCAGCACCGCCUCCGCACCCCCGCACCGCCUCCUGGCGCCCGCGGCGGCGGAAGGACUUUAGCUGCCCAGAGUCCGGGGAGGUGGAUUUGGCACCUCUACCCGGCCGCAGUCCGGGCGUCUCCAGGCGGCCACCCCAGCUCUCCUGCAUGGAGCCUGCGGAGCGCGCGCAGGCGGCGCGGGACCGGGUCCCCAGGAUUGAUCCAUAUGGGUUUGAAAGACCUGAAGACUUUGAUUAUGCAGCUUAUGAAGAAUUCUUUUCAACCUAUUUGGUGAUACUCACUAGAAGAGCAAUAAAAUGGUCUAAACUUCUAAAGGGAAGUAGUAGUGUCCAGAAAAGUAUAACAGUGAAGCGCUAUAUCCGGAAGGGUGUUCCGCUCGAGCACCGGGCCCGCGUCUGGAUGGGGGUGAGUGGCGCCCAGGCUCAGAUGGACCGGAACCCUGGCUAUUACCACCGACUUCUCCAGGGAGAGAGGAAUGACAGCCUGGAGGAGGCCAUCAGGACAGAUAUGAACAGGACCUUCCCAGACAACGUAAAAUUCCGGAAGAGAAAAAUGUUUACAAACCUGUACAAUGUGCUAUUGGCCUAUGGGCACCACAACCAAGGUGUGGGGUACUGCCAGGGAAUGAAUUUUAUAGCGGGAUACCUGAUUCUCAUCACAAAAAAUGAAGAAGAAUCUUUUUGGCUAUUAGAUGCCCUCGUUGGAAGAAUACUACCUGAUUACUACAGCCCUGCGAUGCUGGGCCUGAAGAUGGACCAGGAGGUCCUGGGGGAGCUGGUGAGGACCAAGCUGCCGGCGGUGGCGGCCCUGAUGGAUGGGCACGGUGUUCUGUGGACUCUGGUCGUGUCACGCUGGUUCAUCUGCCUGUUUGUGGACAUCCUGCCUGUGGAGACAGUGCUUCGAAUCUGGGAUUGUUUGUUCAAUGAAGGCUCAAAGAUUAUCUUCCGGGUGGCCUUGACCCUAAUUAAACAACAUCAGGCUUUUAUUUUGGAAGCCACCAGUGUUGCAGACAUUUGUGAAAAGUUCAAGGAGAUCACCAAAGGGAGUUUUGUGAUGGAAUGUCACACUUUUAUGCAGAAAAUAUUCUCAGAGCCCGGAAGCUUGUCUAUGACCACUAUCACCAGGCUUCGAGAGAGCUGUAGGGCCAAGCUGCUGGUGCAGGGGUGACUCAGACUUUCUCCCCUCUCCACUGACCACAAGACUUCAUUUCCAGAGUUGACCAAUUUUUACUGCUUUCCUUUUUAGUGCUGAAAAUACUUGAUGUCUCUACACCUUAGUUGUGAAUUUUUUUAAAGAGCAAUAUAAAAUCAUGUCAUUCUGUAACUGAUUGAGCUGUGAAGUCAUAAAUUUCUAAAAAUAUAUUUUUACCUGAGACAAUAAUAUAUAAAAUGUAAGAGAUGUGCAUUUGUAUUUAAUAA